GAUGAAUAGAGUAAUAUCCUUUGGGUUUGCCACAUUUGAAUCAUUAGUUUAGAAAUUGAGUAGUGUUGAAAAUGCAACAAGUCUCUUCAAAGUAUAUUAAGAAAACAAAGAUUAAUUUAAACAUGAACAUGUAGUAAUAUCAUUAAGAGUACUUGGAAGAUUCAGUCGUUAGAUUAAUUCAGAUAAUAACUUUUCUGAAAUAACAAGUAAAUUGAAUGAUAUUGUUGGUCAAUUAACUGAAUAUGGUAAUAAAUAUCUGUAAUUUAGAUGUUGUGGAUGUAUUAUUUUGGUUAAGAAAAUUUAGAUUAAAUCGAAUUCCAACAAAUAUAACUAAUCAAACCCAAAAUUAGUUAUUUUAAAGAAUUUAAUAGAUGUCUGACAAUUAAAUGUUUUCAUUUAGAAACAUGUGUAGUAUAUACUAUGAUUUAUCAAUAUUAAAUCAAUACAGUGAGACUUUGGUUAAAAGUAUAUCAGAAUAAAUGCUAACAUCUAAAUAAUUGUCUCCAUUUCUUAUAACUUAACUUUUAAGUACUGUAGUCAUAAAAAUAAAUCAUUGCAAUCUCUCUAAAUAUGAUUAGGCAGUCUUAACUAAUUCUAUUAAAGCAUUAGAUGGUUUAUUAGACAGUUUUGAUAUAGAAUAAGUAUAAUAUAUAUAUUCAAUAUUAUAUAGAAAUCUUAACUAUUUAGGGUAUGUGCUGAAGUACAAUUUUAAAAUCUUCCACCAAAAUUUCAAUUACCAGUUUAAAUUAAAAAGAUUAAAGAUUCUUUAUAAGAUAAAAUUGAACUAUUAUAAGAGGAAUCAGUCAUAAAUAUAUUCAAAGCUUAUGAAUAUCUUCCUAGUAAAUUUGAAAUUGAUCUAUUAAAAUAAUUAAGAGAAAUGAUAAUGACUACUUUAGAAUAAAAUCCAUAAAAUUUAUCUGAUAAAUUUAUAAUUUAAAUUUCAGAAAGAAUGAUUAAAAUGACUACUUAAAAAAUAUCUUAGGAUGUUAUUAAAAGAGUGCUUAUGGAAUUAUGUAAUAGAAUUUCAAAUAAGACUAUUGAUAUUGCAUUAUUAAAUUAAUUGAUACCAACUUUAAUGAAAUAUAAAAAGAUGGAUGAAAUACUAUAAGCUUUAUUAAAAUUAGAAGAUAAAAGUAUUAAAGUUUUGAAUUACUUGUUUAUUAAUGGAGUAAAUAUGAAAGAAUAUGUAGAUAAAUUCAUUUAAAAUAAAGAAUCUAAAAGAAUUCCUUUAAAUUAAGCUAUUAAUUAUGCUGUAUAUGCAAAUAGAGAUGCUAAAGAACAUUUAGAUACUUUUUUUAAGGUAUGUAGAGAAUAAAUUGAAAAUUAUCCAUUAUAAGCCUUAAAAACAUUUAAUGAAAAUGAACUUAAUUUUUAAAUAAAAUAUUAAUUAUAAGAAGAAGCUUAUUUAAAAUUAAUUGAACUUGUAAAAUAAUAAAAAUUUGAUUUUAUAAGAGUUUUUAGAGAAUUAAUAAAUUGUUGUUGUAAUAAUAGAUCAAGAACUGCUCUCCUCUAAUUUUAUGAUCAAUAAUAAAUUAAAGUAAAUCCUAAAUAAAUGAUGUAAAGACUUGUUUAAGAUAUUGAUCCAUUUGAUUCUGAAUCAUUUUCUUCACUUUUAUAAUUAUUAUCUAGAGAUCCUAAAAAUAUUCCAAUUUAAAGAUUUGUAGAUUAUAUGACACUUAAUUCACAUAAAUUUUUGGAUCUUAUUAAAAGUGAUCAAUUAUAAUGGGCUAUUAAAAUCUUGGUUUCUGCUUAUUAAGCAUAACCUGAAUAAAAACUUUAUCCAAUUGUUAAUUUUGCUUUCAGAUUUGAAAAUAUAGGAUAUUUAAGUAGACAUGUUAGUGCUGCACUUAAAAAGAUUUCUGAAUAAUUCAAAUAGAAAAAUCCUAACUUACCUUUUCCUGAUCCUUUAUUUGUUAAUUUGUUAAUGAAUCAUAAUUUAUUGACACCAGAAGAAGCUGUAAUAUAAUUAAAUAAUGAUAAAACUCAUUGGCAUACUAAAGUUUAAUUAUGUGGAAUUGCAUUAUAAGCUGAAAAUAUUCCAUAAAAUAUUAUUGAAUUAAGAGAUAAAAUAAAAGAAAGUUGUUUCAAAGCUUUAGAGUAAGAAGUCAAAUAUUAAACAAUUUUAGAAUUGAUUACAUUAGGUGAUUUUACAAAUGAAGAAUUUAUUAAUGUCAAAACAAAACUUUAAACAAUAUAACCUUAAUUAUAAGCUAAAUAAUAUUUUGAUUUAAUUAUGUCCGCAAAAGAUUAUUCAAUUUUAAAAGAGUUAGCAACUUCAUUUAGUGAAUUAUCUUCAAAACUUGGAUUUAAUAGAAUUAUGAGAGCAGUAGAAAAAUUUGCUAAAUUUUAAAUUCAAUCCUAAAUGGUUUAUAAUGUUUUACUUGAAACAUAUGGCUAUUCAUUUUAUUUUAUUUUUAAUGAAUAAAGAAUCUAAAUAUUAGAUAUAUUUGCUUAAGCUAAAAUUAAAUAAGCUGAUCUCUUCAAAAGAACAUUAGAAAAGAUUAAAUAAUAAUCUUCAGCUUAUAAAAGUUAUUAUUAUGAAAUAAUUGAAAUUUGUACUAGUUUAGGUUUUGUUGAGUAAGAAUUUGUAGAUUUAAUUAAUUAAAUAGUUGAAAAAACACAAAUUUCAGGUUCAACUGCUCUUAAAUUAUUAUAAUAUUAUGUUUUAGCAGAUUAACCAAUUGAAGUUAUUGACAAAGUUGCAGAUAGCAUAGUUGAUGCUAAAUAUAAAGAUAAUUUUAAGACUGCUUUGACAUAUGAAAUAUUACUUAGAAAAUAUCCAAAUUCUAAAGCCGUUAAAGUUCAUGAAACCUAUCUUAAUGAAGAAAAAAUCUCAAAGGCUAGAUAUUAAAUUGCUAAUACAAGUAAUAAACAACAUUUUCCAAAUGAAUUCUGUACCCAAUAUUUUAAUUUAUUGGGAGUUGAAUUCUAAACCAAUAAAAAUAUUGAUGGUAUUAAUGUUGAAUUUUACUUACCUUCAAUGUAAUUAUUUUAUUUAUAUAUUAAGUGAAACAUCAUUAUUGAUUGUAAGUCAAGCUACAUUAAAUUUUGAUUAAACAACACUAAAUGGAUUUGGACUAUUAUAAAAGAAAUUAUUAGAAUCAAUAACUAAAUAGGUUAUUGUCAUUAAUUUUAAAUAAUUAUUACAAAUAUAAACUCAUGAAGACAGAGCAACAUAUUUAAUGAAUUUAGGUAUUUUAUAAAUUUAUAAUUAAGGCAUACCAAUCAAAGUAGAUGUUACAUAAGUAGAUUAUAGUUCCCUUAAAGUAUAUGACAAAAAUGAUAAAGAAAAACCUACUUUCUAAUAAUCAAAAACUAAUUAAAGAAAAUAAUUUGGAAAAUAGGAUUAUCUUUAAGAUCAUUUGCAUAUAGAUAAGGAAUGAA